CGAGCGCGCCGGGCGGAAGUCGGCCUCCGCUUGGUCCCGGUCCUCCCCGCAGCGAGGUCCCCGCGUCCGCGGGCCCGGAGCCAGUCUGCACCGGGUCCCGCCAGCCCUGCCGCCCCGGCAUGGAAUGAGUCUAUGCACUCCGCCUGGGUAAGUGUGGGGCGCCUUCCCGCGCUGGCGUCCAUGAGCAAGGCCGCGGACCCCCGCUUCCGCGUCCGCUGGAGGGUGAUCCUGCCGUCGGUCGUGGGCGUCGCCGUGCUCUGGCUGCUCUGCUCCCACCGCCCGGCCCCGGCCAGGCCCCCCGCGCCCAGCGCCCACCACUGGCGGCUCAGCCCUUCGGCCGCCGACCGCUACAAUGACACCUACCCCCUGUCGGCCCCCCGGAGGACGCCGGGCGGGACCCGCUACCGCAUCGCCGUCAUUGCCGACCUGGACACGGACUCAAAGGCCCGGGAGGAGAACACCUGGUUCAGUUACCUGCAGAAGGGCUACCUGACCCUGUCCCACAGCGGGGACCAGGUGGCCGUGGAGUGGGACAAGGGCCCCAGGGUCCUGGAGUCCCACCUGGCGGAAAAGGGGCGGGGCAUGGAGCUGUCCGACCUGGUCGUCUUCAACGGGAAACUCUACUCCGUGGACGACCGCACGGGGGUGGUCUACCGGAUCGAGGGCACCACGGCCGUGCCCUGGGUCAUCCUGUCCGACGGCGACGGCACCGUGGGGAAAGGCUUCAAGGCGGAGUGGCUGGCGGUGAAGGACGAGCACCUGUACGUGGGCGGCCUGGGCAAGGAGUGGACCACCACCACGGGCGAGGUGGUCAACGAGAACCCCGAGUGGGUGAAGGUGGUGAGCUUCCGGGGCAGCGUGCACCACGAGAACUGGGUGGCCAGCUACAACGCCCUCCGCGCCGCCGCCGGGAUCCACCCGCCAGGCUACCUCAUCCACGAGUCGGCCUGCUGGAGCGACGCGCUGCAGCGCUGGUUCUUCCUGCCGCGCCGCGCCAGCCACGAGCGCUACAGCGAGCGGGACGACGAGCGCAAGGGCACCAACCUGCUGCUGAGCGCCGGCCCGGACUUCGGGGCCAUCUCCGUGCGCCGCGUCGGCGAGGUGGUGCCCACGCACGGCUUCUCCUCCUUCAAGUUCGUGCCCAACACCGACGACCAGGUCAUCGUGGCCCUCAAGUCCGAGGAGGACGGCGGCCGGGUCGCCACCUACAUCAUGGCCUUCACGCUGGACGGCCGCUUCCUGCUGCCCGAGACCAAGGUCGGGAACGUGAAGUACGAAGGGAUAGAGUUUAUUUGACGUUAAAGAUGAAGGCGGCAGGCGGAGCCGCGGGGGCGCGGUUUUAGGCCACGUCAGGACUGCGCUUUCGUGGAAAGCCUCGGUCUGCCCUUUUGUGGUGUUUGUUUGGCUCUUUUUCUUCCCGGGACUCGGGGGUGGGUCUGGGGUUAGAGGCUCCAGAGCAGGGAGUUCGGGCCCCCGGGGCAGCUGAGGGACCGCUCAGAGCCGGAGGGGCCACCACCCCCAGGGCAGGCUCCGGGCGGCCCGGCCCUGCCCUGCCUUCCCUCUGGCCUCCGUGUCUCUUCUUUUGUCACUAAAUGUGUCUUGGCUCCUGCCAUCGCCAAGCGCCGAGCCCGUCUGGGACGCAGCAGUGACGGGGGACCUGAAGUGCACCUGCCCACCGGGAACUCAAGCCCCUCUCCGUCCCUCCUGCUUGGAGAGGACCUGUUGACACUGCGGACAGACGGACGGACACGGCAGAGCUGUGAGCGGGGGCAGCCCGGGGCGCAGGUCCCCCAGGUGCCGCCGGGCAGGCCGCCAGCCCACCCGCGGGUCCCUAGCCUCACGUGGCCCAUCUCUGUUUCCUCGGCCGCUUCCAUCUCCUCCUCCAGGAAAAGCCUGUGGCUCCGUAGCUCUUUGAGGCUUUAAUUAUUAACUUACUCGAAUUAAAGCAAUUUCCUUUCUUACAAGAAGGAAUCGCCAACUCUUAUGACACAGAGCAAAGUCCCGCAGUGAAACCCCUCCCCGCGGCGGCGGAGAUCGCAAUGAGAGCUGCAGUGGUUGAGGCGGGUUUUCCACUGUGGCCCGGGGCCCAGGGACGCAGCGACCGAGGCGCCGUGCCCUCCAAGGCUCCCGGGAACGGCUUGGAUUUGGUUUCCCGGACGAGGCGCCAGGCCCUCCGCACUUCCUGUCCCUCCCGCCCUUCCUCCUCUUCCCCCGAGCUAGCAGCCUGGUCUCCGGGGAAGCUCCACUCAAGCUCCGGUUGUCUCCGCGGUCCCGGUCCCGGGGCCUGUCCCGACGCCGCAGGGAGCAGGCGGAGGGCUGGGACGGGUCAGCAGGACGGAACGGCGGAGGCCCUGGCCGGAAGCUGCCUCACCCCCGGAGAACGCGGGGCCGGGACUGCGAGAAGCGCCGCCUGACCCGCGUGGACCCGCCCCAGACUUUUCAGCUUGGAUCUGACAGCCAGGGGGGUGGGGGGGCCCGCCCGCGGGGCCCCUGUUCCUCCUGCGGCUGGGCGUCCGUUUCUUCUCCCGAGACGUGAAAGCGAGAGAACGCAGGCGAGCUGUUGGCGGCCCCUCUCCCUGGAGCGUGGCUCCCACUGGGCGCGCCUGUCCCCGUGCCCGGGGCUCCCUGAGCCCUCCUUGGCCGGCGGCGGCGACGGGCGCUGCUCCCGUGGAAGAUGCAGGUGGAACCAGGAAGCCGGGGCGUGGGGACAGUCACCAGCCAGAUACUCAGAGGCUUCGUGUGCCGCCGCGGGCCAGCUGCAGCGCUCCCCUCAGAGGCUGGAAAUGUAAACCUGCCCCCCCCCCCGUGUUUGCCGCUGUGAUUGUGACGGUUCCUCCUCGCGGGAGCCGAGGUUCUGUGAGCAAUAAAGCGCAGGGGGCGGA